GAAAAGCAAAGAAGAAGAAAGGAACAGGAAAUUCGUAAACGAAGAUGAGUUCGUUCCUGAUGAAUCCAUCCGCCGGCGGUGGAUAUCAUCACCAUCAGCACCAACAGGCUGCCACCAGUCACCAUUUGGCAGCAACCUCUGUAAUGGUCGAUCCGAAAUUUCCACCCAGCGAGGAAUACAGCCAGAGCAACUACAUACCGUCGACAGGGGCGGAUUUCUUUCCAGCAGGCGGCAACCAUCAUCUGAAUCAUCCGCAGUCUCAUCAGUUGCAGUACGGUUACCAUCAGCAUCACCAUCAGGCCGCGUCCACCCCUUACGGUGCUUCGUCCGCGGUGCAAUUGAACGGCGGUUACGCCGGCUACGGCGGUUACUACGGGCCGCAUCAUCCCCAUCACCAAGUGCACGCGGUUCACCAUGCCAGCCUCCAUCCUCAUCACCACGCGGUGGGCGCACUUGCGAUGCCACCGGAGGCCCAACAGCCGCCGCUCACGUGUCCAUCCUCUAUGCAGAGCCAGCAACAGCCCCAGCAGCAACAACCACCUGUGUCCGCGUCCACUGUUCUCGGCGCGACACCGCUCUCGCCUGGUAUCAUGCAGAAUCACGUCCAGCCGCCGGACAGUCUUCAGCAUCACCAGCAGCCGAGUCAGCAGCAACAGCAGCCGCCGCACGACGGCAACGCGUGCAGCCCGGCGAGCUCCGGCCAGUUGCACCGUGACAAUUCGCCGGAUCUUCAGCAGCAGGCUCCCAGCAAUCAACAGUCUCAGCAUAUACAGAACACGCAACAGCAGCAACAACAGAAUCAGCAGCAGGCGCAGCAACAGCAUCACGUGGACGACGGAUCAGAUCAGGAUGACAUGGAGGACGAUCAGAUGAUGGACGGGUCGCCGGGGAUGAUGGAGGAUGAGGAGGAGGACGAGGAGAACGGGGACCGUGUGAUUUAUCCGUGGAUGAAGAAGAUUCACGUCGCUGGUGUCGCGAACGGCUCGUACCAGCCGGGGAUGGAGCCGAAGCGGCAGAGGACCGCGUACACGAGGCACCAGAUCCUCGAGCUGGAGAAGGAAUUCCAUUACAAUAGGUACCUGACGAGACGGCGACGUAUCGAGAUCGCUCAUACCCUGGUGUUGUCUGAGCGGCAGAUUAAGAUCUGGUUCCAGAACCGUCGGAUGAAGUGGAAGAAGGACAACAAGCUACCGAACACGAAGAACGUACGGCGGAAGAACGCGAACGGUCAGACGUCGCAACCGCCUUCGAAAUCGUCGAAAACACCGUCUACGAGAGGGAAACUCUCCACCGGUAACAACAACAGUCAACGAAAGAACAACAACUCGCCGUCGAGCGGGAUCGACGCAAGUUUAGACUCCGGCGUCGGUUUGACGGACAUGGCGGACGUGCACGCGGUGAACGCGGCCCUUCCGCAUACGAACGUGGUCCAUCCGAGCUUCCAAGGUCACCCGCAUCCCUUGGCCCAUCUACAGGCGCAGCUGAGUCAUCAUCAUGUGAGCGGCAUGAUGGAGGGUCCGACGGGAGGACCGUUGGGCCACAUCGGCUCCGGAAGUAUCAGCCCUCUCGCCCCUGCCACCAGUCCCUCUGGCUUGUCACAAGUCCCCGCGCCCAUUCCGCCACCGGCGAUCAAGUCCGAUUACGGGCUGACGGCGCUGUAA